AAAAUUUCACCUUGGGUAGGUUUACGCAAGAUCAACAUCUCGUACUGGGGAUGGGAUGACAUGUCUCCUUUUACAAAUACAACUCUGCAGUGGCUUCCUGGAGAGCCAAAUGACUCUGGUUUCUGUGCAUAUCUAGAAAGAGCAGAGGUGGCAGGUCUGAAAGCGAAUCCAUGCACUGCAAUGGCAGAUGGUCUUGUGUGUGAAAAACCUGUUGUUAGUCCCAACCAGAAUGCCAGACCCUGCAAAAAGCCAUGCUCCCUGCGAACAACAUGUUCUAACUGCACGAGUAAUGGCAUGGAAUGUAUGUGGUGUAGCAGUACAAAACGAUGCGUUGACUCAAAUGCCUAUAUAAUCUCCUUCCCAUACGGACAAUGUCUGGAAUGGCAAACUGCUACAUGCUCCCCUCAAAACUGCUCUGGACUGAGGACCUGUGGACAGUGUUUGGAACAGCCUGGAUGUGGAUGGUGUAACGAUCCCAGUAACACUGGAAAAGGACAAUGUUUGGAAGGAUCAUCAAGAGGCCCAAUGAAGCCUGUCGGCGUGCACUCUGAUGAAAUGGUGCUUGAUGCUAGUCUUUGUCCAAAAGAGAAAAAUUAUGAAUGGUCUUUUAUCCAGUGUCCAGCUUGCCAGUGUAAUGGCCACAGCACCUGCAUCAACAGUAAUGUCUGUGAUCAAUGUAAAAACUUAACAACAGGAAAGCAAUGUGAAACAUGCAUGCCAGGAUAUUAUGGGGAUCCCACAAACGGAGGACAGUGUACAG